AUGACCGCCGCCGUCACUCCUUUUCCCCCCUUUCAUGAAGGGAAUAUAAAGAACUGGUUCCUGCAAAUGGAAGCUAUUUUUACUGUCGGAAGAAUUACAGACCAAAAAACAAAGUUUGGCCACGUGGUGGCGGUUUUGCCACCCGCCAUUGUCGACGAAGUAUCAGACUUCAUAGAAGCCGUUCCGGAAGUAGAACCCUACGCCCGAUUAAAAGAAGCGAUCUUAAGGAGAAUGGGCCGUACGGAGGAAUCAUUAAUCCGGGAACUAUUUAGCAACCUAACUUGCGAUGGCAGGACUCCCUCACAACUUCUUCGUUAUAUGAAAAGCCGACUCGGCAAAAAUACCAUGGCUGACUCUAUAUUGAAAAGCUUGUGGCUGGACCGUCUCCCCACCACCAUUACCCAAAUUUUGGCGCCUAUGUCCGAGAACACCCCAAUCGACCAGUUAGCGGACGCCGCUGACCGUAUUUUCUCGCAACUGGAUCAUAAGACAACGCCAGUACACAGUGCUGAAGCGAUUAGUGACCACAGGUCCUUGGGAAAAACAGUGGAGGAUUUGCAACGCCAAGUUAGAGAUUUAACAUUAGCUCUAGAAAGCCAUGGUCGAAGCCGGUUUCCUUCCCGCCGGCGCUUCAGGAGUCGACCUCGCUCGUCCAGUCGAAACAAGGAUGCGACUUCUAUGUGUUAUUACCACCGCCGAUUUGGGUCUGCAGCACACUACUGCACCAAGCCGUGUACCUAUACUGCGGUCGCGGAAAACAAAACCGCCAGCGAGUGA